AACCAAGUUAAGCUGCCCUACUUUGAGUCGUGCGACCUGGGUCUGUUGAAGGAAAUAAUAAAUGAAAUUGACCCGAAAUAUUUCUCCUCGAAUAUAGACUGUGGGCGUUUUGAAAUUCACAACAUCCUUGGUCAAGAUUACCGUGACGGGAAAGUCAUUGGCGAUCGUGUCAAGGUUUUGGAAAAGCAAAGCGUUGCGGUGUGCCGCCACUUGUCCCAUCUGAUCCUUGAGAGGCAGCCACAUUAUCAGCGUGAAUUUAACAAUGUCAUGCUUUUGCGAGAAAUGAACGGGGAUGCCUAUGAGCAGUGCAUUGGAGCUCGGAAGUCUCUUGACAAUUUGUUGAAAAGCAUCGUGGAGCCUCAUGCACUGGUGAUUCGGAACCACAAGCGGCGUCUUCGAUUAAAACUCGUGUUGGAGGUUCUUAAACGAAUUCGCACAUUGCAAAACAAUGUGACCACCCUGUAUAAGCUCAUUAAGGAAAACCGAUUUUGUGAGGCGAUUUCUUUACACCGACAAAGCUGUCAGGUUACGGAAGACUUCAAACCCUACGGUUGUGUUGAGUCAUUGCAGCAUUGUUUGCGUUCUGCCAAUCUUAAGAUUGACGAUGCCCUUGAUGCUGUUCUUGCCAGAAGCUGUGAAAACUUCGACCCCGUCCAGUACUCGAUGAUACAGAAAGCGUUUGCACGGCUAGGCAGCACAAUGACGACUGUAGCUCAGCUGCAGCUUCAUUACACCAAAACAAUUCACACCUGCGCCGCCUCCGCGGUAGCGAAUUUUGUCGAGGGAAGCAGUGCCACUGAAUCUGGGAACAGUGUCGAAUUUGAGCAUCUCUGCGAGAGUCUUACUGCUGCCAGUCUCGUUCCCGCCCUGUCGAGUCUGUGUAAGGCGCUCUGGAAUGUUCUGGUUUGCUAUCACCGCACUGCCCUCUGGCACGACAACGCCUCGAGGAAGAGUGACGUCUGCGAGGUGCCCGGCGAUUCCACGAACCCCGUCGACGCGAGCGACGAGGUCCACGCACCCGAGCUGGUUAGGCAGUGGCACGGCUACGUAGCCUCCAAGCUCAACUUGAACCGCGGCCGCGUGUGGAUGGACGUCGUGUCGAGUGUUCGUCCCGUCCUCGUCGCCAUCGCCUCCAACGCGAGGCAGCUUGGUUUCCAGGAGAUUGUGUCGACGCUGAAUAUUGUUAAUCGAUUGGUACGUGUUGGCGAGGAGUUUGCUGGGCACGUAUCCUUCGACCUGCAGGAAGUUCUUCGCAACUCCAUUCACGGUUUCUUCAACGAAUUCCACCGCAAACACAUGGAGCAUCUGCGCUUGUUUCUGGAUCACGAAAGAUGGGAACAGGUCCCCGUGCGACCGGGCUUCUCGCUUUUGGAUUUGCAUGAGUUUCAGCCAUUAACUGAUCUGUUCACAACGAACGAGGACAAUUGCUCUGCGGACUCCGGGUUGUCGGCCGCCUCACCGACACGUGAGAAGCUGUUCAAGGAGCCCUACGAUUACAGUCUCUUCGAUAUCGCAGGUGAGGACAAAUUCGGUGAGCCCAAAGUUCCCGUGGACGCUCCUUCACCCCCUUCCCAAAAUUUAGAAAGCUCCGUGGUUGAUCUCAACUCUAACUCGUCGUCUUCACGCGAGCCAAAACCUGCUCCCUCGGAAUUGGUCUUCGCGAACACGACAAUCGAGGUCCUUCGCUUGUUUGGUCGUUACCUGCAGGUGAUGCGUUUGCUGCAACCGAUCGCGAGCGAGGUCAUGCACUGCAUCGGCCAACUGUUCGACUACUACAUGUUUGUCACAUCCCGAGGCGAUGCCGAUCAAUUGCCGGAUCACUUGAGGAAAGCCCUCACUCGCAUUUCCAGCCGUCUAAUAGCCCCAGCUGGACAUCCAUCCGUGGAAAAGGGGAAUCGUUUCGUGGUGCCUGAUUGCAUACUUGCCACCUCGACCAAGCAGCUCAAUGGCAAAGCAGCGGACAUCUCUGACCUCGGCGAAAUCUCCGAUCUGCUGCAGCGUCACCUUGUUGGCGCGGAGUCCCUGGAUCUUCUUCCCCAUCUUCGAGAAUGCCUGCCCGAGAGUAAGCGUGGCCUCUUAGACGUCUUCCGCGACCAGUCCCUCGUCACGACCUUGGAGGUUCGUGAUGCCACCGCCGUGCGUCUGGCGUCUCGCAUUUUGCCUCGCCUCCUCGUUAUUUGCGGGCAAUCGAAACGCGAUUCCAACGACUCGUGUCAGGACCUCACUGGUCUCCUUCGCCAGAUGAUUGCCGCGAAUCCCCGGUGGACGUCGAAAGCCGUCGCGACCGAGCCCAGUCCCUACCUGCGGCAGGUGAACGCCGCCGUCGCGCGCCUCUCCAGCACCCUCAAGGCUCUCCCACCGCUGGGCGGGUCGGCUGCACGUCGAGCGCUGUGGAAGGGCGUUAUGUGUUGGCUCUCCAUGGAGCUUUUGGAGGGACUGGCCGGAGUGCUCGACUGCUCUGAGGAGGGGCGCAGUCAAAUGCUCCUCGACAUUCAGUCGGUUGCCUUGCUCUGCGAAACCGAGGCUGGAAUCAGGCCCUUUGUAAAUCUCAACAUCUUGGUCGACUACGUCCAAGCCUUCUUUGUCCCCACACGUGAAUGGGGCCACUGGUUGGAAAGCACUGGCGUGAACCGCUACACCCAGAGCCAGUGUGUUGGUCUGGCGAACUGUCUGGCCAGGGGCGACAAGCACCUGCGACAGCGUCUGGUCGCCACGGUGACCACGGUGUACGCGCGACACCCUUCGUCUUCCGCCGGUGUGGAGUCUUGA